AAAUUGGUUCGUUUAUUUCUAAACACUGUUUGAAAAUGUCUUUGUUUUAAUUUCAGUAUUAUUGGAACUAUACUGGGCCAGAAUUGGCAAAGGGCCCUACUGGCCAUGCCAGAUAGUUCGAGACGAGAAUGAGAGAUUUUACAAGCGAAAAAUUUGCUCCAACGGUGUCAUCAGAGUUUCACUGUAUGUGCGGUGGUUGGGGGAUGGGAGGCAUUCCUGGGUGGGCCUCUCUUAUUUGGUGCCCUUUGAGAGGGCACCAACCCCCCAACAGACACCGUACACAAUGUUAAAGGACUAUGUCAUAACUAAUUGCAAAACAAAAGACAACUUGAAGGCAUGUAAGGUGCCAAGGAGGCUGGUGGCCAAAGUGGACGCAGCAGUGGAGUUGGCUAUGGAGAUGCAGGAUGUUUUUAUCUGAGUGAGUAAGAGAAAAAAAUAAUUGUGAGGAGUACUCUGGAGAGAAGGGUACAGUGUCUGAUGGGUGAUGGUGAUUGGUUCCGUGGUGUUGAACCAGAUAGUGGUGGGACUUGCGGUGUCCUACCUGAGCGUCCUGAUGUGUGGCAUCGGUGUCCUGAUGGCGUGGCGUGGCUUCUCUCCCCUCCGCCAACUGCCCACCUUCCACUGGGUGUGCGCCGAGUUGGCGCUCCACAUAACUCUCACAGCACAUUCACAAGCAGCACCACGAGUGGACGGCUCCAAUCUCAGUUACCGCCAUCUACUGUCAUCCCAUCGAGCACACAUUCAGCAAUCUGUUGCCGCCCUUCCUCGGGGUAAGCUCCAGCAUAGAUACACAACAUAUCCCAUGGUGUUGUGUAUCAAGUUCAGAUGAUACUGUAUCAUGUGUAGUGAUACUGUAUCAUUCAUGGUGAUACCAUACAGAAAACAUAGCAUAAGAAGAUAUCCCAUGGUGUU